AAUACAAAAGAAAAACCAAUAAGGGUUAGGGCUUCCCUUGCCAGUGCAGAGAGAGGGAAGGAGACGCUGAGAGAGGGAGAAGGAGACGUUGGGUCAGAGCAGGUAGGUGCACUUUCAAUGCAGCUGCGUUUCCACCACCCUCUCCCAAAUUCGAAAUGGAUAGCCGUUGCCUGUAACAAAGUAACCUGUGACUUGAAAAACACCUAAUUCCUCUGUUACAUUUCUUGCAAUCUUACCUGAUAGAAAGUUACAGGUUGAGACUUUGUUACCUGUAACAUUUCUCCCCCAAACACAAACUGUAAGAAAGUCACCUGUAACUUUCUUACAUUUUACACAAGUUACAGGCAUCCAAACGGCCCCUAUCUUCUCUAACGCACGGUGCGCUCUAACCUCUCACCCUUUUCAUAUACCAUUUGCUGCUUCUAUUUCAUUUCCUUCUUUCUGUUGUUUGAUUCUUCCCGCAUUCUCAGCAACAUGUCUGGAGGUGAGAUGGGACCAUCAGAUCAACAAUCGUCGGUAUCUCCAUACGAGGAGGCGUUGAAUGCGUUAUCGUCUUUGAUUCUUGGGCGCACUCGGGCCGAUGCGUCAAAUAAGGGCGUUCGGUUGGAUAUCAUGGUUGAUUAUUUAAAGAUGCUGGAUUUGGAAGAUCCCGUUUCGAAGUUGAAGGUUAUCCAUGUCGCCGGCACUAAAGGAAAGGGGUCAACAUGCACAUAUGCGGAAUCUAUUUUACGUAAUUGUGGCUUCCGCACUGGACUUUUCACAUCUCCUCACCUCAUUGACGUGCGGGAAAGAUUUCGAUUGGAUGGUGUAGAAAUAUCUGAAGAGAAGUUUUUGAUGUAUUUCUGGUGGUGUUGGGAUAGAUUGAAGGAGAAAUGUAGUGAGGAUGUGCCAAUGCCGAUCUAUUUCCGCUUCCUUGCUUUGCUUGGCUUCAAGAUAUUCACAGAAGAACAGGUUGAUGUCACUAUUUUGGAGGUUGGUUUGGGUGGGAAAUUUGAUGCAACAAAUGUGGUGCAGACACCUAUCGUUUGUGGAGUAUCUUCCCUAGGGUAUGACCAUAUGGAAAUUCUUGGAAAUACCCUCGGAGAAAUCGCUGGGGAGAAGGCUGGUAUCUUCAAGCAUGGAGUUCCAGCUUUCACUGUUCCUCAACUGCCAGAAGCAAUGUCUGCACUAGAGAGCAGGGCUUCUCAAUUGGGUAUACCUCUACAAGUGGUACCCCCUUUGGACCCCCGCUCAUUAGAUGGUAAAAAACUUGGGCUUGAUGGUGAGCACCAAUAUCUGAAUGCCGGCCUUGCAGUUGCCUUGUGUUAUACUUGGCUCCAAAAGACUGGGCAUAUGGAAGGCAUGUAUUGGGAUCAGACUGGAUCUCUGCCAGAGCAGUUUGUCAAAGGGCUUACGACUACCAGUAUGCAAGGGCGAGCACAGAUUGUCUCCGAUCCACAUACUAAUACUCAAAACAAGGAUGAUCCGAACCUUUCAGGCCUUGUUUUCUUUUUGGAUGGAGCACAUAGUCCUGAAAGCAUGGAAGUGUGUGCGAGAUGGUUUUGUCAUGCUAUCAAAGAAGAUAUUCAGCAACAGGAUUCCUUAGAGAAGCCACCACAUGAUAGUCAAAGCGAUGCAGAUGGGUUGAUACAAAACUGGCCAAAUGAUGGAAAUAACACAAAGUCCUCGGGGAGAAACUCAAGGCAGAUAUUGCUGUUCAAUUGCAUGCCAGUGCGGGAUCCUCAGCGUCUUCUUCCUUGCCUAGUAAAUGCUUGUGCUCACCAUGGAGUCCAUUUCCACAAGGCCCUUUUCGUUCCUAACCAGUCAGUGUUUAACAAGGUUGGCACCCAUGCUUUACCAUCAAGCGAUCUGGAAGUUGAUAUUUCGUGGCAGCAGAUGCUUCAAAGAGUUUGGGAAAACAUUGUCCAUGGCGACAAAGGAGGCAGUGAUGUGAAGACUGAGGUUUCUGCAUCAGUAGGUGGAAAAGAUACAGAGCCUUCUAAUAUCAAGGGCUGUGAUAGCAGUACUGUUUUUCCUUCACUUCCACUAGCUAUUAAAUGGCUCAGGGACAGUGUUCAAGAGAACCGAUCAAUUCGUUUUCAGGUUCUUGUGACUGGUUCGUUGCACCUCAUCGGGGACUUGUUGAGAUUAAUCAGGAAGUGAAGGUUGUGAUUAGGUCAGAGAUCUGAGCCUCUUGAGCUUUUCAGAUUCAAAAGCUAUCAGUGGUCGGUUCUGGUGGGCCCAGAACCAGGGAAGAGCAAGAUCUACUGUCGCCAAGCUUACUCCCAUGUGGCCUAUGUAGCAUUAUAUUUUUUCAGGCAAUUGAUUCAAGAUAUGAAUUUGGGUU